CGGACAGGAAUGGAGAGAUCACCGGAGGUUUGCAUUGCAAACACUUCGAGACUUAGGGUUUGGAAAGGGAAGUAUGGAGGAUAGGAUUGCCGAUGAGAUCUCACAUUUCACUAAACUUAUCGAUGAAACCAAUGGCCAGGGAUUCAAUUUCCAUAAACUAUUGGUCCCGAGUAUGUCUAAUAAUAUCUCUCAUCUGGUAUUUGGUCAUCGGAUGGACUUCAAUGAUCCCAAACGUAUCGUAUUUGACGAACUGUUGGACAGCGCAUCGACACUUUUCUCAAUGCUCGGCAUAUUGUCUUUAUCCCCGGUUUGGUUCAGUACAAUGGUCUUAAAAUUAGGAGCGGAGGAAAUAGAGUCACACCAGAAGACAAUGGAUCCAAAUAAUAAACGUGAUUAUAUGGACGGAUUCCUCAAUGAAAUGAAGAAACAGCAAAAAGAUCCCAACACUACUUUUACAUGUAUUUAUAACUAUAAACAUUUAUUACAUGUAUUUGAAAAUUAUCAAAUUUUAUUUAAUUUCAAAUUAUUACUAAAAAAAUUAAACGCGAACAGCAGAGCCUUCUUCGGUGCCGGCAGUGAAACAGUGCGGACAACAGUCGAGUGGUUAGUAUUGUUGGCCGUAAAACACAAAGACAUUCAAAAGAGAUUACACGAAGAGAUCGAUGAUGUGAUCGGUAGAGACCGGAGCCCCACGUGGGCUGACAGGCUUGAUAUGCCUUANGUGAUCGGUAGAGACCGGAGCCCCACGUGGGCUGACAGGCUUGAUAUGCCUUACACUCAGGCAGUCAUUAAUGAAGUGUUUCGUUGGAAAACUAUUCUGCCUUUAAAUCUAAUGAGAAGCCAUCCCGAGGAUGCAUACAUUUUGGGUCAUUUCAUACCCAAAAACACCCGAAUAAUGGCCAAUAUAUGGGCCGUCCAUUACGAUCCCAAAGUAUGGGACAACCCUGAUCAAUUCAAUCCCAAUAGAUUCUUAACACCUGAUGGCAAGAAUUUGAUCAAAACCGAGGCUUUGAUACCAUUUUCUUACGGUAAACGCAAUUGUGUUGGCGAGACAUUAGCACGAGUGGAGGUAUUCCUGUAUUUCGUAUCACUUUUACAAAGAUAUACAAUAAGUGCCGAAAACGAAGAGAGAUUCACAUUAGAGGACAAA